UUAGCGUGGUAUAAGCAAGUACUCUGGCGGAAAAAAUGUUGUUGCCAGAUCAAGAUUUAAGUUCUUGCGCUGGCUAUGCAACAAUCGGAAGUCCUAGUCAUAAAGAACCACUCAUCACCGGACAAACAGAAACGGCGACUGUGGUCAAUCAAAGGAAAGGGUCCGAUAAUAUGAUUGUGAGUGUUCUGACAGUAACUGAAGAUCCAGGCAGAUCUGAAAGAAUCAUCAACACUGAGCAGAACGAUAAUAUCAAUUUCAAUCUCCAAAAAUUCUGCACCUUGUUGAAGGAAGAGUUCAAAAGAAUUUUCGAAGAAAAAUACAUUACAACCCAGCAUGAGACUUCUGAUUCCAUUGCAAUUGCCAACAUGCUCAUUCAGUGUUUCCGAGAAGCUUCGAAAGGUGCCGAGGAAGAUAAAAAAUCGAGUACGAUUAGGUUUGACGUGAUUGCACACAGCUCUCAAGAUGCCGAUGACGAGAGCAAGUUAAACAAUAUUAAACCAAUUAUAAAAGAUGAUGUCUCUCCGGCAGAUGAAGAUGAAAAACAACUGGACAAGACUGUGGAGCAGUUUGUGAAGGAUACUUACCAACUCGCAGUCUCUGCCUUGGAGAAGCAAAAACGUCACGCACAUUCUAUAUAAAGCACUGUAUAU